AUGGAAGAAAAAUUAGUUAAUAGUGGAAUCGGAAAAUAUAGUAGGAUUAGCAGGUUUGACGAAAAUCAUAAUUUAAUAGAUGAAUUAUAUGCGACAAUCGAGAAUUGGAUUACGUCGAUUAAGGCGGAAACGUUUGCCUUUUUGUUGGAGUUAUUUAUUGGACAUGAUAUCGAAAAAGUUUAUAUAUAUACGGACAGUGAAUUGGUUUAUAACCGUUUCAAUGAUUUAGUUAAAAAAAAUGAUUUCGUUAAUGCACGUAAAAUUUUCAAAGAACAAAAUAAUUUAUAUUAUUGGGCUUUGAUCAAAAAUUCGAAAUAUAUCCAAGUGGAAGUGGAUUGGUCUUUAACCUUUGAAUAUUUAAAAGAGGGAGAAAAGGUGUUAACGACCUCAUUUUGGACAACAAGGAGAAGAAGGAAGAAAAUACAAAGGCUAAUUGAAGAGAUGCCUACAAUAGAACAAUCAAACGAGAUUAUAAAUUUAGAAAAAUAUAAUUGCGAUGUGAAAAAAUUAGAAAAUUUGUUUAACAACGAAAAGUUCGGGAAACUUUUAGUUGACGAAAGUAAUUUGACAUUUACAGAUUUGAUUAAAGGUAUAUUUCCGCUUAAAUUAUCUGAAUUUAUAUCAAGCGAAUUUAAAAUGAAUAUCGAAGAUAAAGUCAAAGUGGCUAUACGACGAAACCAAAAUAAUUUGGAACGAAAGAUGAGAGUUACAAAUUUUAAAAGAAAAAAAAAAUUGAAAAUAAAUAAAAAGAAAAAAAUAAGUAUAGGAGGCAAGGGAUAUAGAUUGAUAUUUAGAAAAAAAUAG